GGUAUAAGAUGCAAGAAGGAGGAGGGGCAUCUCAGGGUACGACAAAAUCUUCAUCAAGCAGCAGGACUAUCAUAGCUCCAGCAUGACUGCUCGCAAGAUCGUCUCUGUCAUUGGCGCUACGGGCAACCAGGGUGCGGGUCUCAUCGACGCGAUUCUCGGGUCCAAGGAACUGUCGUCCCGCUACGCUCUUCGGGCUCUCGUCCGUGUUCCUUCCUCUUCCUCGUCCCAGUCUCUGGCUGCGCGCGGUGUCGAGCUCGUCAAGUUCGACCUCCACUCUGCCGACGUGGACGCGGCAGCCAAGGCGCUCCAAGGCUCCUAUGCCCUCUAUGCCCAGACGUUUACCGACUUUGGCAAAGAGGACGAGCAGUUCCCCCAAGGAAAGCGGCUCGUCGAUGCCUCGCUGGCCGCUGGUGUCAAGCACUUUGUCUGGGCUUCGCUCCCGCAUGUGCGGGAGGUGACACUGGGCCGCCUGACCCACCUCGACUACUUUGAAAACAAGGCAUUGGUCGAGAGGUACGCCGAGGAAGCCAAGCAAUCCAAGAUGGCCUGCUCCUAUGUCAUGGCCGGCUGCUUCAUGUCUAAUUUCAUCUCGGGACAUAUGCUUCAGCCCUCCCAUGACGACCAGGCAGACUAUACCUGGUCUGGCCCCUUUCACCCCAACGAGUCUCAUUUUCCGCUCAUCGAUCCCCGUGUCGACAUCGGCAAGUUUGUCGUUGGCCUCCUUGAGGCCGGUCCCGCCAAGUCGGACGGACAAAAAAUCCAGGCCGUGUCGGAGUGGAUCUCACCGGCGGACAUCGUCGCGACCAUCUCGUCGCUGACGGGCAAGAAAUGCGUUGCUACUCGCGUCGAGCUCGAAACGUUUCGCAGCUUCCUGCCAGGCGAUUUCGGCGGACCGUUUGCAGAUGUCCUGUGCCUCAAUGGCGAGUACGACUACUACGGGAAGGGCUCGUUCAGCCACCAGGCCCAGUCCGACGUGUUCUUCUACGCCGGGUUGGGUCCAAAGAAGUCCUGGAAGAAGUACGUGGAGGAGAACCUGCCCUUUCCCUUUGAGAAGUGAGGCCACGAGAAGUAGA